AUGUCUGAGAAAAGCAGCAACGAUGCGACCAGCCGCCGACAGGCUCACAAUGCAACUGCGCCAAACUUCGACGAGUCUCAAGAGGAUCGAUGGAAGUCUCUGAGAGAGGAGGUACUUGCAUCGGAUGAAGAUGCCGAACUUCCGUCAUCUGGAGAUCUUAAAAUUCCCCAGCUCCCUUCUGCGAAAAAAGUUGCCGUCAAAAAAGUCAGAAAAGCUCCAGCGCUUCCAAAAGUCCAAAAGUCAAAACAGCAAACACUCGAGCAGGCAACGGUCGACAUCAACAUGGAGCGGCUGAUGAGGAAUUACGAGAUCGACGAGAGCGUUGAGAGUGAGGAUGACUUUGAUGUCACGCAUUUGCUGCAAGGCGGUGAUGGUUUGGACAACGGGAGUGACGAUGAGGACAACGGACACCUCAACGCCGCGGAGUUCUUGGCUCGAUUUGCCAAUGCAGGCACUGAAGUCUCUGUGCCCGUUGCCGAGCCAAAGCGUGAGCUGGAACCGGAGGUGAAUAACACCGUGGUGAAACUAGAGGAUGAGUCGUUCAACUUUACUGGCGGGAAGCUCGCGCAAGCUCCACGCGCUAAGAAAGCACUGCCCAAUGACGGGACCGGGUACUGUAGCGUUGACAAGCCGAAACAGGACAUUGAACUGAAAGCUAAGCUAGCUCCUCAGAGCGAACCUUCUCAUCUUUCUUCUGCUGCCAGCACGACCACAAAAGCUGGUGAGAUGACGGAGGGAAUGUUCUACUGGUUUGACGCCCGUGAGCAGCCGCACACGCUCUCUGUUGACCCUGGCUCGCUGUUCCUCUUUGGCAAGAUGUCCGUGGAAAAGAACGGACAUCUUACUUACCCAUCGUGUUGUGUCCGCGUGCGAAACAUGUAUCGGAGCAUGUUCCUGCUGCCGAAAGAAGGAUCUAAGCACGCGGAUGUGGUGAAGGAGAUUAACGACAUCUGCCGGAAUCAAGGCAUUGAGCAGCGACGCAUCAAGUUCGUGGAACGAUACUAUGCUUUCGAGGAGCCGGACGUGCCGCGCGAGAGGGCCGUGUGGGCAAAGCUGCGUUAUCCCGGGCGCUUUCCCCCUUUGAGCGCCAAAGGCCCUUUCCGUCACAUCCAGGUUAUCAUGGGAUCAUCGUCGUCGCUCUUGGAGCUCUUUUUGAUAAAGCGCAAGUUGAAGGGCCCAUGUUACCUGCACAUCGCGGGUCUUGCCGCCUCCGCCAACCGCAUCUCGCACUGCGCACUAGAGUUUACCGUAGAGACUCCCAAGAACAUCCGUGUAGAGGAGGCGAAACUGCCGGUGCCACCGUUCACGUUGGCGAGCAUUCAGCUGCAUGCGCAGUUGGACAGCAAAGGUGCGUGCAACGAGAUCCUAAUUGCGUCUGUGGCUAUCUACAAGGACGUGAACAUUGAGAACAACCUCCGCUACAUCCCAGAAAAAAUUCUGACCGGUCUGCGCCCCGGCUCGGUAGACACGCCUCUGCCUUUCGACUUGGAGAGCUUCUGCAACGCAAAGGGGCUGCCGGGCGUCCGGCGCUUUCCGACGGAGCGCGCGCUGCUCGAGUGGCUUUCCGUGCAGCUUGGCGAGAUCGAUGCGGACAUGAUGAUCGGCCACAACUUCCUGGGGUUCACCCUCGACACCCUCUUGCGUCGCUACCAGGAACUAAACGUGGGGUCGUGGUCGACAAUUGGGCGGCUCGACUUGAAACGACAUCCACGCCUGCAAGGUGGCGCGGCGAACGUCAAUCAAGAGAAGGAGACAUGCAUUGGCCGCCUCGUAGUCGACUCGUACUCGCUUGCCCGGGAGCACUUCAAGACGGUCAACUACAAACUCCUCUCUCUCGCCGAACAGAUGCAGCUACAGGGGAUCACGAAAGGCAACAGCAGCUUUGAGCCGGGCACGUCGACGCUCACGCCAGCAAUGCUGUCCGUGUCCAAGGACGUCUACGACAUUCUCCUGCAAGUCUGCAACUGCGCCGUCCUGUCGACCGCGGUGGUGUCGCACCUGGACAUGAUCCGCCUCACGAAGCGACUCACCACCAUUGCCGGAAACUUGUGGAGCCGCACGCUCUUCGGUGCCCGUUCGGAGCGCAUCGAGUACCUGUUGCUGCACACAUUCCACGAUUUGAAGUUCAUCACUCCCGAUCGCUACGUGCAGGACUUAAAGCGCGGCCGUGACGACGACGAGGAGGACGAGGGCAAGCGCAAGGCGAAGUACCAAGGCGGCAUGGUGCUUGACCCGAAGUGCGGCCUGUACUCCGACUACAUCCUUCUGCUCGACUUCAACUCGCUGUACCCGUCACUAAUACAGGAGUUCAACAUUUGCUACACCACCGUGGAUCGCGAGGGCCGCAGCGAAGUCGAUGUCCCGCCCCCGGAGAACUUGAUCUGCUCCACCUGCGCCUCCGCCGGGCUGUCCGCGCCGUGCCUGCACAAAUGUGUUCUGCCGAAAGUGAUCAAGAGCCUCGUUGACAGCCGCCGUGAGGUGAAGCGUCUGAUGAAGUCGGAGCGCGACCCCAACAACCUCGCCUUGCUCGAGAUUCGGCAGAAAGCGCUCAAGCUCACAGCGAACAGCAUGUAUGGCUGUCUCGGCUUUGAGUACUCCCGCUUCCACGCGCAGCCGCUGGCCGAGCUUGUGACGCGUCAAGGUCGCCUUGCGCUGCAGAGUACGGUGGACCUCAUCCCCCAGUUGAACCCCUCGCUGCGCGUCAUUUACGGCGAUACCGACUCCGUCAUGAUCCAGACGGGCAUUAGAAACGAUAUCAAAGCCGUGCGCGAUCUGGGCUUGGAGCUUAAGGCGAAGAUCAACAAGCGUUAUCAAAGCUUGGAGAUCGACAUCGAUGGCGUUUUCCGCGCUAUUCUGCUGCUCAAGAAGAAAAAAUACGCCGCCCUGACCGUGACGGAUUGGCAGGAGGAGGGCAAAGCCUACAAGAAGGAGGUGAAGGGGCUGGACAUGGUGCGACGCGACUGGUGCCCGCUGUCGAAGCGGGUGAGCGACUCGGUGCUGAGCCGCGUGCUGAACGCCGAGGGCAGCGAGGACAUCUUGGACUACGUCAUGAAUUACAUGCGCGGCGUUGCCGAGCAGGUCCGCGAUGGCCGCUACCUGCUCGACGACUUUGUCAUCUCGAAGAGCCUCACGAAGGAGCCGGAGGCGUACCGGGGAAACAGCUUCCCCCACGCCACCGUGGCGCUGCGCAUGAAGCAGCGCAAGGAGCUGGUGCGCGUCGGCGACUUGAUCCCCUACGUCAUCUGCACCGGUGAGAGGUUGAGUGACAAGGCGUUUCACGUGGAGGAGGUGCGGCAAAACAGCCAGCUUCACAUCGACGCCGAGUGGUACCUCAGCGCGCAGAUCUACCCGCCGGUGAUGCGCUUGUGCGAGCACAUCCAGGGCUUCUCGAACGCGCAGCUAAGUGAGGCGAUGGGUAUCGCUUACCACAGCACCGCCAAGCCGGGGGAGGAGGAGGAGGCCAACACAAUGAACGACUUUUCCCACAGUUCCCUCUUCCAGAAUCGCAGCUUGGAGGAGUGCUUCCCCACUGCGCUGCCGCUGCAGGUGGUCUGCACCCACUGCCGGCUCAUGACGCCGAUUAACCCACACGCUCGUGUGAUGGCGGUGCUUGCGGACCCCGCGAGACAGCAGGACCGCUUCGACCUCUACGUGUGCACCAGCUGCCGCAAGUCGCUACCGGUAGACUACGUGGCCAACUGCUUCACCCAGACGUGCUACAGCAUCAUUCGCCAGUUCUACGAAUGCGGCGGCACCGCAGCGGCGGUGAGGGCGGUGAGAACGCAGUUCACGUACUACCGCGCCCUCUUCGACUUGCCACACGCGCCAGGGUGUUCCACGCGCGUGAAGGACGCUCAUUACUACCAGGCGCGGCGGUGCCUCGGCGUGGAUCGACGACUUUACACCCUCGCUGAGGCGGCGGACCCUGGCGUGAAAGAGGUGGCGGACCCGGUGGACCCGCUGAACGCCGCCGCCGAGACCAUAUACAAGCGCAUCGACCACCUUUUCGUGAGCCUGGACUCUCUCUUCGCCGGCAUCUAA